ACCAGGAGAGCCGGCCCAGACAGAUGUGUCCCUCUGUAUUAAUGAUUAAUGCGAAUAUUGACUGGCUGUGUUUUGGGGAUUAACGCUGCUGUUUGGAUAAGAAGGCAGAGUUCGCGUGAGCAAGACGGCAGACUCAGAGGUCCAUCUAGUAAAUCAAAGUAUUAUCUUCCACUGGGACAAACAAUGAAACUGUUCCUGCACUGUAUCCUCCUGACUGCUGCCGCCACUGCGUACCGGAGUCCUCUGAAUGACUUCCAGCGCUCUGAGGGCAGAGAGCUUGUUCCUACCCCCUGGAAUUCGGCACGUGUGCAGAUGCUGCCAGGUACAAAUCUGGAGGACUGUGCCACCCGGUGCUCACAGUCACUGGACUGCAGAGCUUUUAACUAUGAGACUCGACCGACAGUCUCCUGUAAACACCUGCCCUGGGUGGGCGACGGAAACAACGCCGAAGUGAAGAGAAAUGUCAACUGUGACCUUUAUGAGAAAAAGGUUUAUGUGAGACAGUGCAUUGUGGGAAAGGGGGAGGACUACAGAGGGAAGGUUUUCACCACAAAAAGUGGCCUCACCUGCCAGCAGUGGUGGUCAAAGUUUCCUCAUGAUCACAGGUGGACCCCGACAGCUACAAAUGGUCUGGAGUUGAACUUCUGCAGGAAUCCAGAUGGAGAUCGCAUUGGUCCGUGGUGCUACACCACCGACCCAGAGCGGCGCUACGAGAGCUGCAACAUCCCCCAGUGCAAAGACGAGGUGUGCAUCACGUGUAACGGAGAAGACUACAGAGGACAGGUUGAUCACACUGUCAGUGGCCGGGAGUGUCAGAGAUGGGACCAGCAGUACCCCCACCAACACAUCUACCAACCUGAAAAGUAUCCCGAUAAGAGUUUAGACGAUAACUACUGCCGCAACCCCGAUGCUUCUCCAGUGCCUUGGUGUUACACCACAGACCCUGAGGUGGAGAGAGAGAACUGCGAGAUAAAGAAAUGCACUGAGGUUCGUGUGGAGAAACGGCAGCGCUCCAGCUUCACCACUAACUGCUUCCGUGGUCGUGGAGAGGAUUACCGCGGUAAAGUAAAUGAGACAACAUCAGGUAUACCCUGCCAGCGGUGGGACGCCCAGUAUCCUCACGAACACCCCUUCUACCCAAACACAUACGAGUGCAAAGGUUUGGAGGAGAACUACUGCCGUAACCCAGACGGAUCAGAGGCUCCCUGGUGCUUCACAUCUGUGCCGGAGAUGAGGACUGCUCUCUGCUUGCAGAUCAAACGUUGUGCAGAUGACAUAGAAGCUGAGGAUUGCUACCAUGAAAAUGGGAAAAACUAUAGAGGCGUUGUCCGCAAAACCCGUAAAGGCAUCACCUGUCAGAAAUGGAACGUUAACACACCUCACCGAACUAAGAUAAACCCACGAACACACCCCGAAGCCAAUCUAACGGAGAACUACUGCCGGAACCCGGAUGGCGAUCAGCACGGACCCUGGUGCUAUACCACUGACCCCAAAACCGAGUUUGACUACUGUGCUAUCAAACAGUGUGCGGGAGAGAAAGUGUCCCUGACGGAGCCAGUAGGUCAGUGGGAGAAUGUGCGCGGAGCACGCUGUACACAAGUCUCCACGCUUUUGCUUGCCUUUGCAAUGAUAGAUGCUUUUGUGAAUGCAGAGAAGGUGGAGUUCAGUGAGUGCGGAAAGAGAGACGACCGCGUCGCAGCAACCAGGUUGCGCAUCGUGAACGGGAUACCCGGGAACUCACCAUGGACAGUGAGCCUCAGAGAUAGGAAAGGAAACCACUUCUGCGGAGGAUCUCUGGUGAAUCCCAGAUGGGUUAUCAGCACCAAACAGUGUUUCUCCUCUUGCUAUGUUGACCUACCCGGGUACUCAGCAAUGAUGGGAACACUCUUUCGUGAUCCAGAAGAACAAGAGCCCGGUGUACAAAGCAUUCCUCUCACAAAGAUUGUCUGUGGGCCGUCUGAGUCUCAGCUGGUCAUGCUGCAACUGGAACACCCUGCCCAGUUCAAUGAGCGCAUCUCUCAGAUCUGCCUUCCUCCUGAGCGGUAUAUAGUGCCCGAGGGGACAAUCUGUGAGAUUGCGGGAUGGGGGACUGGAGAUGAGACUGUUCUCAAUGUGGCCCAGAUACCAGUUAUUAGCAAUAGAGAAUGCAACAGAUACUUCAGAGGUCGUGUUCGUGAAAAUGAGAUGUGCACAAACUCUUUCCAGGGUGGAGUGGGAGCCUGUGAGAGAGACUACGGCGGCCCUCUGGCGUGUCAGAACAGGGACUGUUGGGUACUCGAGGGUGUGAUCAUCCCCAUGAGGCGCUGCGGACACCCGGGGCAGCCCAACAUUUUCAUCCGCGUCUCAGUGUACGUGGACUGGAUCAAGAAGGUCAUGGAGAUGGCUUAAUGACAGUAGCUGCCAUCUAACACAGAACUUAUUUAAUCUAUCAGACACAUUUGCAAGAAUGCACAUUUUUUUUCUCCAGCACAUCUCUGAUAUUAAGCUCUGGUAAAUAUACAAGCGUAUUAUUAGAAUUUAUUGCAACGACAACUUUACUGUGCCAUAACCAUGAUCCUUUUCAACCUUUGUUCAUGUAGAAAAACACAUGCAUCACUAAACAAUUUGUUCCUUAAGAUUUGCAUGCAAAUGAAUUUACAUGUGCACUUCAUGUUGGAGAAGAUCCGUCUUGAAAAUGUAAGUGAUUGUUCACAUUUAUACGCACACUUUGUUUCAGUAUUCCUGACCUCUCCUUUGAGGAUAUAUUCUGUACCAAUUCAGCUGUUUACUGUUGUAAUAAAUUUCUGCCAAUGCCUGCUGUUCUUUAAAAUUGUAAAUGUUAUAUUUAACCUGCUGCCAAAUAUAAGGGCUCACAGUGCAAAAUUGAACUGUUGAAAAAGUUUCAAAACAUCAAAUGGAUUGUAGCCUAUCAGAUUCAGAAAGGAAUGAAUG